AUGUCAGACAUGGUCCCCCUGGAAGAGAGGUACAAGGCCAGCAUGGUCCUAAGUGGAGCAGGAGAUGCCCUGGGCUACAACCAUGGUAACUGGGAGUACGAAAAGGAUGGAGCGUUCAUCCAUGAGGAAGUGCAGAAGAGAGGAGGUCUAGAGAAGCUGGAUGCCAUAGACUUCCCUGUUAGUGAUGACACCGUCAUGCAUCUGGCUACUGCUGAGGCUCUGGUCAAGUUAGGGUUUGGGGAAGGGGCGUCCCUCCCUGUGCUGUAUCAAGCCAUGGUGGAGAAGUACAUUGUAAGCAUGACGGACAUGGUUGGAAGAGGAGCAGGUAUGUAACCGUUUUUAGUCCUUUAUGAAGUGUGUCAUGUUGUGUUAACAUGAGUGGCAAAUGGCAAUAUUUACGCACACAGGGGCACGGUACACUUAAUUUAGAUGCGUGGUUCUGGUAGCGGUUCUGACCGACAUUUUGGCUUAAAUCGUUCUGUGGACACCGUAGAUCGAAACGGCUUGCAUUGAGCGAUAUCCCUGGUUACCACAUACACAGUAGUAUAUUUUCUGAGCCUUUUCGUAGGACGUGACAUCUGAAACCACUUUAAGCUGGGAUGUCCCUCCUACCAUUAAAUGUAUGCACACAUGACUGUAAGUCGCUUUGGAUAAAAGCGUCUUCUAAAUGGCAUAUUAUAUUAUUUCAUUCGCUCUUCCGAUUGUCCAUCAACUCCUGGCUGAACCCUACCUCACAGCCAAAGCACAUGCCUGCAAUCAUUACAUCGUAGCGCAGCAGGGGAGAGGGGUUUCAUUACGACAGCACAUUCAGAGAUCGAUUUAUAGCCAUUAAUCUAAAAUAAAAAACACUCUCCGUUUGUCAUAGAAAGACAAUAUUAACAUGAGAUGAAAUGUGCGUUCCUAACGAGUUCAGGAAGCCCAGCUAGAGCUCUGUGAGACGUUCACAGCGAUGGGGGCAGACGUUUUGAUCAAGAGAGACCUUUAGAAAAUCUGCACAUUUUCUCUUAACACUAAACAUACCAUUAUUUUUACGUUAAACAUUAUACUAAUUUAGCAGACACUCUUAUCCAGAGCAACUUACAGUAGAGUGCAUACAUUUUCAUAUUUUUUAAUUUUUUCUUACUGGUCCCCUGUGGGAAACGAACCCACUUGUUGCAAGUGCCAUGCUCUACCAACUGAGCAACAUGUAUUUUACAGUUAUAAGGAAGGUGAAAUCUCAUACUUAGUCAUUUUAUAAUUUCAUUAUACUAUAUUUAGAAAGCAUAUCUCAAGCCUUAUUCAUACAGUUUUGUUGAAUAGGAAAUACAUCAUAUUAAAUAUUUAAUACUUUCAUGUUUUUUAUCAUAUUUGUACAGUGUAGUUGAGAUUGUGUCCUCAAAAGGGACUACACCUCAGUCAUUUAUAAAAAAAAAUACGAGAAAGGUGAGAUUUUAACAUUUAUUGGAGUAUGCAACAUUAAUAGUUUUUGAUUAUGACCCUAUCAUAAACUAUAAUUACUUUUGUGGAAGACGUAGAUUACAUUUUCGAUUACAUUUAACUGGUUUUAAACCAACAUGUUGAUCUUCAUUAAAUUCAAUACUUAUACUCUCUCUGUCUCCGCUGUAGGCAUCACCUGCAGCAGCAGCGUUGCAAUGCACAGACAGAGAACUGACCAGGGCAUUAAGAUUCCCUUCAACAAGUGGGGCGGAGGGUGUGGGGCAGCCAUGAGGGCCAUGUGUAUCGGCCUGCGCUUCCCCGACCCUGAGCAGGAGCACCUGCUGAUAGCUGUGAGUGUGGAGAGUGGGCGUCUGACCCACCACCACCCCACAGGCUACCUGGGUGCCCUGGCUGCAGCCCUGUUUACGGCCUACGCUGUGAGGGGCACCCUGCCCGUGGAGGCCUGGGGACACAGACUCAUGGAUGUCCUGGACAAAGCCAAGGAGUACGUCAGAAAUUCGGGCAACUAUGUGGAGCAGAACAUGAAGCACUGGUGAGGCCUUUGUUGUGGUUGGCUGCAGAGGAGGCUGGUGGACGGAGUGGAAAGGUGGGCAGAGUGGAACGGUGGGCGGACUGGAACGGUGUCAAAUACAUGGUUUCCAUGUCUUUGAUAUGUUUGAUAACACUCCAUUCCAACCAUCACAAUAAGCCUGUCCUCCUAUAUCUCUGCCCAACAGCCUCCUUUUGUUGACUGUAUGCGGUUCGCACUUCACACCUCAAUGUUAAUUAGUGAAAGUUGUUGUUUAUAAAGAAAUAUGACAUACUGCCAUGAGAUUUUCCAGUUAACACACCAUUGUCUAACCCAUAUAUUCAAAUCCUGUUGCUGCAGGAUUCUUUUGCUGCGACAAUACAGGCCAAAUUAAAUUUGCACAUCUAUGCCUGGGUUUACAAAGUAGAAUGAUGUGUAAGCUUCAUCUGCUUCUGACUAAUCCUAUUCAUUCCAGGGACUACUUUGAAAUUCAGUGGAGAUCCUAUUUAGAAAAGAGAGGGAUUUUGGAUGGAAAGAGCAAACCUCAGUUCCCAGAGUGCUACGGAGUGAAGGAGAGGGAGCAUUUCUAUAGGGCGGUGAGCUUCAAGGGUGUGGGUGGCGCCAGUGGGCAUGAUGCUCCCAUGAUAGCUUACGAUGCCCUCCUGAGGGCAGGCGACUCCUGGGUUGAGCUGGCCAAUCAUGGCUUCUUCCACGGCGGGGACAGCGACUCCACAGCCGUGAUCGCUGCUGCCUGGUGGGGUGCACUGUUCGGCUUCAGAGGGGUGCCAGAGAUCAACUACCGGAGUCUGGAGUACCGUGACAGGCUAUCCAAACUAGGGCAACAGCUAUACGAGCUCAGGGGAAAACCUCUUGAUUCUGAGAAAGAGAAAAGUAAAUUAAACCAAUAGAUGGUUAAACGUGAAAUUCAUUACAUUUCCUGCAGAUGAUCAGUAAUUUCAGCUACUUAAACUUUUUUGACACUAAUUUUGCAUCCCUUGAUUUUUGUAUUACAUAUUUUAAAGAAUAUGACUGGAUCUGGAAAGGUUUAUAGAGUACUUAUCUCAAGCUGCAGUCCAACUACUGACCAGGAGAUGGAGCCAUUCAUCUGCAGAAUUUAUAUUUACAUUUACGUCAUUUAGCAGACUCUUAUCCAGAGCGACUUACAGUUAGUGAGUGCAUACAUUUUUUUUUUUUAUUCUUUUAGUUUUCAUACCCCCCGUGGGAGUCAAACCCACAACCCUGGCGUUGCAAACACCAUGCUCUACCAACUGAGCUACAUCCCUGCCGGCCAUUCCCUCCCCUACCCUACCCUGGACGAAUUGUGCACCGCCCCAUUCCUCUAUAAUUACAAACAUUUUCUGUUAUAACUAACAUACAUUAAUGCUACAGUAGUUGUGCUUUUAUUGUAGCAUGGAAGGUGUAAAAACGGAUUACUUUACUUCAGAUUAGACUGAUGUUAUUGUGUACAUCU